GAGGAGAGGAGAGAUUGCUGGGCCCUUGUUUUAGCUUGCACUAUAUAUAAUGUAUGUCGCUGCAAAGAGCAACACCAUCAACUAACGCUACUACAAGUUAUAUCCCAGAAGCUCCUAAUUCUCGUGCAGCGCAGCAGUGUGUGUUGUGCGUGAAGAAUGGAGCUAAAUGGGUGGGAAAUGUGGGUGGGAGAAGCCAUAACCAAACUCCACUCCCUUAAAAUUUUACGUUCUCUCAGACCCAUUCUUCAAUCCGCCUCCAUUCCCAAUCCCGACGACCAAUUUCGAGUUUUUGAUGCUCCCAACAAAUGGGACAGAGCUUCCGUUGAACUCCAAAUUUCUCAAUCCACAUUCCAUAAAUGGCUGCACGACCUUCCCAGUUCAGGGGACGAUAAUGAUGUGGUGUAUGAAAAUGUGAGAGCCGCUGAUGAAGCAGAUGAGGAGUUUAAGAAGUUAAUUGUCUUCUCCGGAAAUGAUUACUUGGGAUUGAGUUCGCAUCCGAUGGUUAGAGAUGCAGCAACAAAGGCAGCUCAAGAACAUGGAAUGGGUCCUAGAGGCUCUGCUUUGAUCUGUGGAUACACUAGUUACCAUAGGCUACUAGAAUCAUCACUGGCGUCCCUAAAGCGAAAAGAGGAUUGCCUUCUUUGUCCAACAGGCUUCUCAGCCAACAUGGCCUUCAUGACAGCAGUUGGAAAUAUUGGUAGGAUCAUAGCUGGUCGCAAACCAUCAAAAGAUGAUAGAAUUGCUAUAUUUUCUGAUUCCCUAAAUCAUGCAUCGAUAAUUGAUGGUGUUCGCCUCGCUGAGAAACAAGGAAAUGCUGUGGCAUUUGUCUACAGGCACUGUGAUAUGUGCCAUCUCGAUGAAUUAUUGUCAAACUGUCCAUUGAAGAAAAGAGUUGUUGUAACUGAUAGCCUGUUUAGCAUGGAUGGAGACUUCGCACCCAUGGUUGAGCUGGCAAAACUCCGUAAAAAGCAUGGAUUUCUGUUUGUAAUUGAUGAUGCUCAUGCUACAUUUGUUUGUGGACAAAAUGGUGGUGGCGCAGCUGAAAUGUUUGACUGUGAAGAUGAUGUUGAUAUUUCCAUAGGCACUUUGAGUAAAGCUGCGGGUUGCCAUGGUGGAUUCAUCGCAUGCAGCAAGAUGUGGAAGUUGCUCAUCCAAUCUAGUGGUCGUGCUUUUAUAUUUUCAACUUCUACACCAGUACCAGUUGCUGCUGCUGCCCACGCUUCUGUCAUCGUUGCAAAGAAGGAAUCAUGGCGUAGGACUGCUAUCCAGCAACGGAUGCAUGAAUUCCGUGCUUUGACAGGAAUUCCUGUAGAAAGUCACAUCAUUUCACUUGUCGUGGGGAGUGAAGAAAAGGCCCUGCGAGCUAGCAGGCAUCUUUUGAAAUUAGGUUUUCACAUUACUGCAAUCAGACCUCCAACAGUGCCUCCAAACUCCUGCAGAUUAAGGGUAACUCUGAGCGCUGUGCACACAAUAGAUGACAUAAGGAAGCUGCGGAAUGCGCUUGCUGAGUGCGUUGAUCUAAAGGAGAUACAAGUAUUUAGCACUAGUUGUUACUCCAAGCUUUAAUUAUACAUUUAUUUAUGUCGCCUACUUCUACACUUCUACUUAUCGUGCUUCCUAUGUUUGAUUUAUGCAUUUCCAUAACCAUGACUCUUCUUCA